AUGUCGAGCCCUCACUCUUCUGCCUCGACUACGUCAGCAACGCCGCUCAACGAUGCGCUCAAGAGGGCCGUCAACCACCGCGACAAACCCAACGCAUUCACCAUCGAUGCCUUUGUCAACAACUUCUUGCGUCCACUUUUCCACUCGAAUGGGCUCUCGACCAUCGCAACCAUACUUUCACUUGUCAGAAUCGUCGGCGGCACCAACAAUCUCAAGUUUCUCAGAGAUAGGACCGAUCUCAGUCGACGCGAAAAGCUGUCGCUUCUGGCGGCUGAUUUCGGCGCUGGUUGGAGCAAUCGCGCCAACCGACUUGCCAAAUGGUAUCUGCUCAUCCGGCUGUUCAAGACGAUCAACGCCAUAGGCAAUCGUCUCAUCAUCGAUCGCCAGUCCCGCAGGCCGAUUCGAUGGAAUGAGCACAUUGUUGUCAUCACCGGCGGUGCCAGAGGUAUCUGUGGCCAUGUCUGCAAACUUCUCCGUCAAAAAGGCGCCACCGUCGUCGUUCUCGACUUGCCAGACAAGUCAGAACACGGACUAGAGACUCUCUACAUCAAGACUGAUGUCACUGACAUCCAGUCGCUUCUCAACGCCAAAAAACAGGUCGAGGACAAGCUGGGUUACUGUACCAUGCUGCUGCUCGGCGCUGGUAUCGCACGACACUCGUUCUUGCUCGACACAGAGCAACAGUUCCCCUACUCACUCGCCAAGCACGUCUCCGAAGUCAACUUCCACGGCGUCAUGGCAACCCUGAAAACGUUUGGCGAACACAUGCUCCCCGAUGGUGGAGUAAAAGACCGCCCUUACAAACAGGCCAAAAACGGAUGGGGUGGACACAUCCUCAUCAUCGGCUCUGGCGCCGCCUACGUUGAGCUUCCAGCCAACGCUGCCUACAACGCAUCCAAGGCAGCCACCGUCUCGUUGCACUCGUCGCUCUCGGCCGAGCUGCAUGCUUACCACAAGGUGGACAAUGUGCGCAGCUCCAUCGUCUGCCCACUCAAGAUCGAAUCCAAGAUGACCGAAGGUCGAAUGCUCGACACGCACGACCAGUUCCUGCUGCCAACGCUUACCAUUCCUCAGGCGGCCACCAAGAUUAUCGACGUGCUCGAAGGAGACAAGAGCAGAAUCGUCUAUAUCCCUCGAGCCAUGUAUGUCCUGAGCUACAACAAGGUGCUGCCAGCUUGGAUCUUGCGCGCCAUUCAUAUCGGACUCGGUGCUACGGAUACCUUUAUGACGUAUGCAAAAGAAUUCCGUAGCGCUGACGGUAACAUUCACCAAAAGUAG